AUGAGCACAGUUAGUCAAGAGGAGAGCGCGUUGGCGCGGCGCGUCGCGUCGGUGGAGCGGCGCUCUGCCGCGAUGGAGCGGGCCAUCAUUGCGGCCAUGCAAGAAGUGGAUGAACUGCGCUGCGUUCUCACGGCACGCAUGGAUGACGUCCAGCGUGUCGCCGCCGCCGCCGCGCAGGAGGGACGGCGGCCCGCCCCCGAGAGCGGCAGCAACGACGAGGACGGAAGCGACGGCGGCACCCCUCGCGCUGGGCCGACGCUGCGCGUCCUGAAGGAGGCGAUGCACGCGGCGGCAGAGGCGUCGGCGGCGUCGGCGGCGCUGCGGGAGAAGCUGCGCCUGCAGCAGCUGCGGCAGGGCGGCCUCGAGCAAGAAGUGGAGGCGCUGCGCUCGGGACUAGAGAGGCGCGUCCAGGGCCUCGAGCAGCACACCUCGCAGCGGGCGUGUGAGGUGGAGGGGCGGCUGCGCGGCGUGGAGGCCGCGGCGCAGCGGCCAGACAGCGGCGGUGAUGCGCUGCUGCUGCAGCAGCUGCAGGCGCGCGUGGCUCGGCUUGAGCGCAGGCAGGAGGCGAUGCAGGGCCAUGCUGUCACCA